AUGUGUAGUUGUUGUUUUUUAAAAGGCACAAAACACUGGGAUGUGUAGUUUGACAAAAGGUGUGUGCCUCUCUCACCCAAACUGCAGACCCUAGGAGUGUGUGGGAUGUUGGAUGGAGCCAGCAUCAGCCAAAGUGAUGCUCCCCAUCAGAAGAAGCAGCCUCUUCUUUUGCAGCCUUCCAUCCUGAGUCUGGGCAGAGAGGCUGCAGAUGGGAAGGAUCUCGCCCAGGCUCUUGUUGCCUCGCGGAAGCUUUUGCCAGAGGAGCCACAAGGAAGGAAGGAAGGAAGGAAGGAAGGAAGGAAAGGCAGGAAAGAAAUCUAGUUCGCCUUCAGAUCUGGGCGCUAGAAACACCGAAGCAAUGUGGCUUGGGGAAUUGUCCAAGGACCUCCUGAUCCGGCCAUUGACGCGGAACGAAGCUUUUGCCGUUCUCCUCCGCCUGACUAUUUUUGGGGCCGCCACCUAUUUCAGCAUCAAGUGGGUCUCCGAUGCCCUGGAUCCGACUCGGAAGCAGAGGAUACAGUUAAAGAAAAAGGCAGAACGCUUGAUGAAACAGAUUGGAGUGGAGAAGCUGAAGCUGACAGAACAUGAGAUGACCAUUGCCACUCACUUGGUGGUUCCAAGAGACAUAAAGGUCUCUUGGAAGGACAUUGCAGGCCUAGACGAGACGGUCAAUGACCUCCAGGACACGGUGAUCCUGCCGUUCCAAAAGAGGCACUUGUUUCGGCACUCCAUGCUCUGCCAGCCCCCAAGAGGUGUCUUACUUUAUGGUCCUCCGGGCUGUGGCAAAACCCUCCUUGCCAAAGCAACUGCCCAGGCAUCAGGAUGCAGGUUCAUAAACCUACAAGCGUCUACCCUGACAGACAAAUGGUACGGAGAGUCGCAGAAGCUCACAGCUGCAGUUUUCUCUCUGGCAACAAAGAUCCAACCAUGCAUCAUUUUCAUAGAUGAAAUAGAUGCUUUCCUGAGGAAUCGCUCUGAGGCUGACCAUGAAGCCACUGCCAUGAUGAAAGCUGAAUUCAUGAGCCUCUGGGAUGGCCUGGAGACUGGGCCCAGCUGCCAGGUCAUGGUGCUCGGAGCAACCAACAGACCCCAAGAUGUGGAUCCGGCCAUCCUGAGGAGAAUGCCAACUACCUUCCAGAUUGGUCUCCCUACACAAAGACAACGGCAGGAUAUUCUGAAGCUCAUUCUUGCUGGCGAAAAUAUGAGCAAUGCUGUGAGCUUGAAAGAGCUGGCUGAGAAAACACAUGGCUACUCUGGGAGUGACCUGCGGGAAUUGUGCCGGGAUGCUGCCAUGUAUCGAGUGUGCGACUAUAUCCGAAAGCAACAAAUGAAGCAGAUAGCGUACAUGCUGCAUGAGGAUGGAGAUAGCGAUGAGGAAAGUGAUUUGGAAGAGGAACAGUUGCGGCCAAUUACCCAAGUUGACCUAUUACUCGCUCUGGAGAAGAUGCAGGAAUCCAAGAUGGCUUCAGCCUCCAUGCCAGCACUGAAAGAACCAACUUGGUACUGAGCUUGCCGGCCACAUAAAGCCUGGAGACGGAAGAUGAUCAACUCAUUUGGAGUGCAGGGAGGUUAUGGCAACUCUUUGUUAGGGAGAUGGGGUAGAAUCCACAUGCAAACUGUAGGAGGGGGAUAGGAAUCUGGCUGAGAUAGUAGAUGAAGGACCCUUGCAGAUAUCUGGAAACACCUAUGCCAAAGAAAAGAAGUUGUAAGGGGUGUGAGUGUGCUUGUGUAUGUGGGAUGGAGGAGGUAAGAGAUCAUAGCUUUUCAAGAGGUUGUAGAGGAAGGAGAAGUAAUAGAUACAAGAGAGCAAAUGUAAUCAUGUGUAAGAUUUUUGGAGCUAUAGUCAGCUCUCCACAUAUGCGGCUUUGACUUUUGUGGAUUUGAUUAAUAGGUUAUCUCUAGGAAUCACUAGGUCUGUAGUUUGUAUUUCUAUACAGCCCUUUUCCUCCGUGAAAGAGGUUCCUCCUCGAAAUGACUUUUUCUGUGUUGUUUUCUUUUGAGGCGUUGGCAUAGCCUCCUCCAGAAUAAUUCUAUGGUCAAAUUCUGGCAGGUAUUGACCAGACUUCUGCUAGAGGAUCUAGAGAUUCCUAGAGAGGUGUUCUCUCAGGUUAAAAAAGGGGUUUUCCCACUUUCUUGCAAAUCCUGUGCCCCGAACCCCUGCAAAUGUGGAGGGCCUACUGUAUUGCUUAUUGCAUGAGUAAACAGCAGACUCUUCUAAAAGUGGUCCAUAUAAAAAUACUGGUGGUGGGGAGGUUAAAACAAAUGUUUAGGUCAUGCAAUAACUAAGGACCUCUUCAUAUUUGAAGCAUCCUCAUUCUUUCUCCAAGUCCUUUCAGCAUCUUAAAUCCUCCUCCUACUCUCUCAUUCUUUUAGAGAAGGCACCGGUUGUACCUCUCCUGUUCUGUAGCUUUUAACACUAAUACACUAUAAAUAAAGCAUACAAGAUGUUCAGUUUUUAAAAAUGGCUGUUACCCCUUUCCUCUAAAUUUGGUGCUUCACGAGGAAUUUAGGUUCUGUACUGUUCCAGCUUUAGAAUCUGAAGACAACUCCUGACUCAUCAUUGCAGAGAUGUGCAUCAAAAGAUACAAGUGGAAGGCUACUUCUUUCAUAUUUGCUUGUUCCUCUCUCCCAAAACUUUAUUUUUUUUAAAGGGGAGCUUUCACUGCUGACUGCUCUCUAUUAGAUUUGUCCCUUUGAAGCACACAUGCAUUUGAAAAGUGUUAGAGGCGACAAACUGAUAAACUGAACUAUUGCUUCCUAUUUUUAUUGUGGCAUAGCAACUUAUAGUAAAUAGGUUGCUUUGUCACAAUAGAAAUACAGAACAGUCGUUUAGUAUAUCAGCCCAGGUACCGUUUCGAAUUCUGAGCCCCUGCCUGGGAAAAGCUAUUUUUCAGAUUCAGCGUGGCCAAAUUGGUUUAGAAAAAUAGAUUCCCCCAAAUGAGUGAAACACAUUUCUUCUAGUCUUAGGCAGGCAGGAAGAUCAUGAAUCUUGACUGCAUUCUGGAAAAUGCUAUGGGAAAUUUAUUCCCAUCUAACAGUUACAGAUGUGUAGCAUGUGUUACAUUUAUCUAUAACUGCUCUUGAAAUGUGAGGUGGUUCUCAGGAUUAAGAAACUCAAGGCCAAGACAACACCAACAGAAAGCAAAGUGAUUUGGUUUAUCCUGGAAAGAGAUUCCUUAUGACAUCACAGUCAGAAAGACUGUGCCAUAGUAACAAGGGCAAUGGCUCUCUCUCCAGUUGCCAGAGAUCUGGAGCAAGAGAGCUAAAAGGCCAUGAAAAGGAGCUGAGGAUUAGUAUCAGCAGUGGCUAUACCACCAGGGAAAAAUAUCACAGAGACUGGAGAAGGAUUUGGGAGUCCAGAAACUCGCCUCCACAUUAUCCUUGCCUCAUUCACCAAGGACUUUUCAAUCUGCACUGGAAAGAAAGACACUCAGUAAGUAUCAGCAUCCUCACCUCCUCUUUUCUUGAAGUACUCCAUCUCCCCUGGGCAAAGCACAUUGUGUGAUGGAAAGCAAGCACACCUCCCAGAUUCUGCUCCUCUGAAGACUAACAGCCAAACUAAAGGUUCGAAAGGUGCCAUUAACCUGCUCCGGAAAGUAGAGUCUUUCUUCGUCCCAACUUCUGAACCGGUUGCAAAGUAACCUUAAGCCUAACACCCUCAUCGUCAGCAAAUGACCGUCUGGCAGCAAUACAUCCAUAACUUUGUGAGAGCUGGCAUGUGUUGGGAUGCUGCCGUUGUUUCUAUAGCUCAACAGCAACUCCUAAUAGCCCACCAAGGCGGCAUCUUGGCCCGAAUGACCAAAGCAGAGAUAGAAGCCCUCCUUGGCAGAAACCGGGAUAUCCUUCUCACCGAAGGGCUGACACUUGGUGGCCUCAAGUGUUUGGUUAUACGUGACAAUCUCUACGCAGAUGCCCAUUACCACACUAUGGAACUCCGGACCAAACUUGUUGGGGACAACGGCACCCGAGCAAUCGCCGUAGUCCUGGUCAAUCCUGUGUGCCUCAUCCUCAUUGGGGAGAAGGGGAUUCAAGGAGGAACACUCAGCUUGAAGGCUUUUCAAACCGCUCAAUCCAUCAAAGAAAAUUACAACAACAAAACCGCGUGGUGAGUGACCACCACGACACUGGCUGCCACAUUCUUCCUUUAUCAGGAUGAAUUCCAAAGGGUGACAUUCUCUUCUCUCUCCUGUACCUUCCUUGACUUUGAGGCUUUGAAAGGAGAAUCCUGGCAACCGCUAAAUGGGGAGUGCAGUGUCCUAUGGGCUUGUGGAUGAAAUAUUGAGAGUCCAGGUGGGUCACAGCAAACAGUAUCAUGACAAUAAGCAUACAGAAAAUGAAAGAGGUCACCAUUCCUUCCAGCAUUUCUCUGCUCCAAAUUCUCAGUGGGAAAAAUACACCUCACUACAAAGAACCAAGCAAGGAUCCAAUGGGAUCACAUACCAGCGAUAACAGGACAUUUUAUGGGCCAUUUGCUACAGCAACAAGUUGACGGUUCAUCUGGAAACACAGCUUUUGGACAUUUCAAAGAGAAUGCUGGUGAAAUCUGGGAGUUGGAGAAAUGUGUGAAGACAAUUUCAGCACUUGUUUUGUGUCAAGAAAGUUAUUGAAUCAAAGAAAGUAUCAAUAUAUCCCACCCAGGCUGAAGCACACUUGCACACUAGUGUCUUCUUGAAGUGCCCUUGGACUAAAGCGAUCAGCUGAAACCAAGUUAGCAGCGCAAGCUGCCAUCUGAAAAAACAGUGUGGGUUUGUGAGCAGCUGUUAAGACACUGCAAGUUCAGCUUUUACCUAUUAAUAAAUAUUUCUUAAGGUAUUCUCCUUGCCUUUUAACUGCAAAGAAGAGGGGGAAACACAAUUGAUUUUUAGGUAUGGGCAUUUAAGUUGAAAGCAAGGAAAUCCUCAAAGAUCAAGGUACCCAGUUACACCACAGUUACAGUGCUAGAUGUGAUGGCCCCAUGUAAAUAUUUGAAAGGAUGUCAUAGUGAAGAUGGAGCAAGUUUAUUUUCUGCUGCUCCAGAGAAUAAGACACAGAGCAAUGAAUGCAAACUAAAGGGGAGUAGAUGCCUCCUUGACAUUAGGAGGUACAUCUUGAUAGUAAGAGCUGUUUCAACCAAGGCUGGAUGGCCAUUUGUCAAGGGUACUU